CAUCUCAGAGUAGCCCAAUCACUCCCACUGGAAUAAUACCAUACACCCAUGUGACCAGACUCCACCACUGUUUACGGCCAAACGGGCGUACUUCGAACUUAUUCUUCAACGCCGUCUCCUUCCUCUUCUCUCGGGAUUUCUGUGAAUCUUCUGCAUCCUUUAUCUCCUCUUCUCCCCUCAUCCUAGACUUCCCCCUUCUCUUCCCAUCUUCCCCUGCUUUCCGUUCGGUACAUUAUUCCUGGAAACUCCGCCCUGCGGUGGUUGGUGCGGCACUCUGAUCACUCCCCACGCGACAAGGCGGUCACCCCCAAACAGACGCCAUCGCGUCGAUCGGAGGGAUUAUCGAUAAUCAACUUCCAGCCACACUACUUUCACCAGACCUCCGCUCAAAGCGAAACAUCCCGGCCUCUGUGUUUAUCGUUUCGGAAUCAAUCCGGGGGUUCUCGCCUCUCUUCCUUUUGGGCUUCUUUUUUCCUUCCUUUUUUUUUACCCGCUAGAACCCAAGUCGCGGUGGCGAAUUGGCUCGAUCAGUGGUUCGGACGACGCCUCAUUCUUUGGUUCUGCCUCUGAGCGUGUCUCCGAGACUGGACCGCUGGAAGCCGGAUCCAGACUUGCUCUGUUGUGAUUUUUCGCCUUUUCGCAUCUUUGCCUCUCUGCCGUUCCCCGUCCUUUCCCUUUUUCCUUCCCCGCGAGCUUUCGCGGUGUUCGACCUGGACUUGGCUUUGAUCACCCACAACACCAGCCUCCCGAGAGAGAAGGGGAAAAAACUCCGCCGCAUUCGAUCUGCGCCUCGUAUCAAUAAUUCACACACGACAUCCCGUGGACGAUCCGGCCAAAAAUACCGGUGAAAAGGAACUCGCAUCGCCAGGAAAUACACAAACACGCACUAGAGAUGCCGUUGUCAAAUCGCCGUCGCGCGCGGCGCAAGGAAAUUCAACUGCAGGAAACAUCCGAUGCCGAGGCCCCAGACUCGUCGCCCAGUCGUCCAUCCGCAAAGAAGCGCAAGGUUGAACGCCGCGCCUCUGCCUCGCGAACUGCAAUCAAGAACGAGUCCGCCGAUGAAGCCGAAGACUCGGCAGGUGAACAUGAUCAGUCCGCGCACCAGGACAUCGUCGACCUGGUCAUUUCGUAUCUCAACACCCCGCGCGAGGAACUGCGCGUCUCGCGCGACCAUUCCAAUACCAAAACCGAGAACAAGCAGAGUAUUCAAGCAUAUGCCAAGAUCGCCGGCCGCAACUGGACUUACUAUGUCAAGACACUACAUGUCAAUAUCGGUCGCGAACCUGAUCGUGAGCAGAGGUCCACUGAGCAGUCCAGUCCCGUCACCAUUGCUGCCCGUGCGCUCCCCGAUGUGCAUGUCGAUUUGGGCCCUAGCAAAUUCGUGUCCCGUCUGCAUGCGGAGAUCUUUUAUGACGGUGAAGAGACGCCGGCCUGGCAUAUCCGCGUCAAUGGCCGCAAUGGCGUUCGUCUGAAUAAUGUGAUUCUCAAGCGCGGAGCUGAUGCCGUUCUUCACUGUGGUGAUAUCAUUGAGGUAGCCAACUGCCAGAUGAUGUUUGUCACGCCCGGCGACGACGCCAAUAUCCAGCCCAGCUUUAUCGAGCGCGCUCAGCGCAUUGCCAGUGGCCAGGAGCCUGAUCCGGCUUCACAAGCGUGGGAUGCCUCGCUGCAUGCGCACCCCUCGGCAUCGCAGGCCACGGAGCCCGUACGGCCAUCCUCGUCCGGUGGUCCCUCGCUGGCCCCCGCACCUCAAUUCCUCAAGCGUCAGGUCACUCCGCCCCCGCGAUCGCCGGAUACCGCUGGUCAACGAACCGCCAAGCAGUCUCCGCUUUACAACCGAGGCAUGAUGAUGGAGAGUACGGAGGAGAUUGAUUACAGCAAGGACUCGGCCAAAGAUUUGAAGCCGCCAUACAGCUACGCCAACCUCAUUGCGCAGGCUAUCUUCUCCAGCGAGGAGGAGAAGCUUACGCUUAACAGCAUCUACAAUUGGAUAAUGGACCGCUAUGCAUUCUACCGACACUCGCAGAGCGGCUGGCAGAAUUCGAUCCGCCACAACUUGUCAUUGAACAAGGCGUUCCAGAAGGUGCCUCGCCGGACUGAUGAGCCGGGCAAAGGAAUGAAGUGGCAGAUUGCGGUCGAGCACCGUGAAGAGUACCGGAAGAAGCAGAUGCGCAAGGGCACGCAGUCGUCAGCACCAUCAUCACCUGCUACGAAGGAACCUCCAUCUUCCGCACGGGGCACCCAUGUGGCGGCGUUGGAUACCUCUUUCUCGGCUACGGCCAAAAAGUCCCCUCCCGUCUCCUCUCCUGGCUUUAGCUCAUUUCCUGUAGCUCCCGUGGAGGCAUACACCCCCGAGCGGGGAUCUCGCGGUGGCCGUGGAGUCGGAUCUGACCACCCACUGCGACACAUGAAUCCUCGCGACUACGAGGAGCCUUCUCCUUUGCCUGCGCGCUCGCACAAUGGCAACACCAAUGCGAGUUCAAGCCGCGUACAGAUCAGCAGCAACAGCCUCAGUCGAGCCUACGGACUGUCGGAUAAUGUGGCCGGGUCACCACCCGUGCUGUCCUCCUCAUACUACGACGAAGGACCCUCGUCAAUGAUCACCCCGGCUCCUCAGCGCCAGCAACCACGCCUGCCACCGCCGAGCACGGCGCAGAUCCCAUCAAAGUUCAUGCCGAUGAGUUCGCCCGCACAAUUCUGGAAGUUUGCCGACAUUGGUAGUACCCCUGCCCGGCCCGUGCCGGACAUGAGUCCACUAAAGGGGGAGCCUGAUGAGCGCAUCAUCGGUGGCUUCCCGAGCAGUAGCCCGCCUCCCCCGAAUUUGGUGAGCCCGAGUAAGCCCGGAACGUCCAAUGGUCUCGGGUCGAGUCGGACCUUGCCGCCUCUACAGUCUGAUGGACCGGAUUUGGGAAGUCAUGGGCCGAUCAAGGAAGAGCGAAUGCAUGAGGAGGAAGAAGAUGAUGGAGGUGGUUUUGACUUGGCUCGUGGAUUCCAGCCCAUUGGCUCGUAUCACCGGCAGCUCAGCAAUGCUGCCCGGGCGACUGCCACCUAAUUUGAACAAAAGCUCAAUGGCUUAUUUCUGAUGAUGUACAACAUGUCGAGUUAGAUCGUAUCUUUCUUUUCUUUUCUUUCUGGGAUUAUUUCUUUACGGGGACCACUCGUUCGAUGGUUUUGGGACGAUCGUUGUGCUCCGCAUAUACCGGUGUUGGCGGUAUCAUCGUGGUUAUUCUUAUCAUUCUUUGGUCUUGUUGGCUCGUCUUAUUGCUCUCAUCGUCUCUGCUGGUUAGCACGGAAAUGGAGACUGGAGUUUUGAGUUUUUGAGGUUUAUUGUCUGGGUUUUGGGGGUUCUAUCUGUUGGGGUUGGCGUUUUGUCUGCUUCGAUCGGACUCGUUGCUUUGUUUAUGUCGAUUCCUUUGCUUUUUAUGUGUAUGUGUUUGUUCUCUUGAUCCAUGCCAUUCAUGAUGGCUGUAUGUAGGAUGAGCCUUCAGUCAAUGAUAUUUUCAUACAAUGUCUUCGCUCUUCCUGCUUUUGAACAAUAUUCUAGUUGUUACACCACUGCAAAUUUUACAAUUUAUAUUUUCCCCCAACGGCACCUCUCAAUCCAUCGCCGGCCAAAACCUCUCCUCCAACCAAACCACCUGCUUCCACCACUCCAGACAUUUUGCCCGCAUCAUCUCCGUCUCCUCCACCCCCUUAAUCUUCCCCACCAUCAAAUCCAAAACGUCCCCAAUACGAUUCACAAACCCUUCAAACUCCCCACUGGACCAAUUCGGAAUAAACUUCUCCCUCAACGCACCCCCAUCAGCAUCAACAUCCCUCUUCCCCUCUUGCGCCUUCCUCUUCCCAUAAGAAGCCGCAUACCUCCACGCCCGCAAAUAACACACUUCCGUCGCCCACAGCACCGCAAUCCCCUCCUCCGCACUCACCCCAGGACUCCCCGCCGACAUGAACAUAUCGAUGUACGCACGGGUAAUCCGAUUCGCCGCAAAAUACACGGGCCCCUGCUCGACCGGCGCGGCACUAGCUGACCGCGAUGGCUGACACGGCUCGCAAUCGGGGGUUCUCGCAGCGGAAUUCCGGGCCUCGUGCGUCGUGGACGGAUUGCACACUUCACCACCAGCCUGCAUCUGACAUUCACCCUGCGAUUGGCAAAGACUGUGUAGAUUGUCUCUGGGAUUCGUCGAAUGCUCAUCACUCGCGCGGGCCUCGGCUCCCGAGCCAGAGCCAGAGCUAGAGCCAGAGCCGGACGGACCCGUCGCAUCGCAAUUCGCCCCCGUAGAGCCCGGACAAGAACCCGAGCCGGUCGUCGAUAUCCCCGACGAGGUCGCCAGAAGACCUUCCUGGGCGAAACCGGGGCCGUAUUCGUCGGGGGAAAUUGCGGUGAGGUCGAGACCGUAUUCGAUGGCGGUGGAUUCGAAGAAGGCGAGUUCGGUGCGGAUGUUGACUAGGGCGUCGAUGAGGACGUCUAUGACCUUUUGUUCGAUUGUUGGGUUACGCGGGGUAUCGCGGCUCGGGGCGUGUGCUGGGAUGCGUAAUUUUGCGAGAAGCAUCCCGAUGAAGCGGAUGUAGGAUUGCGCGUAGAGUCGGUCUUGGGAGAGCCAUUGGGAGAGUGUUUCUUUGGAGAGGGUACCGCUGCCCGCGGCGGCGAGGAAGGGGUGCGUUGUUGCGCGUUUGAGGGCUUGAGGGGUGGCCGAGAGGAGCCAGCCGGUUAGGGGGCCUUGGCUGGUCAUAUUGUUGAUAGUCUCUGGUCGGGGGUUAUUUGGAGGAGAAGAGAAGAGGGUUGGGUGGGAAGGAUGUUAUAGAAAGCUUAAACAAUGGGUUUUAAUCUGAAUUGUUGAG